CAGCGUUAAAGAUGGAACCAGAAGCUGAAGACAAUGAUAACUUGGUCCCUUGGUCGGGUUCAGAUGGCUCCCAGGAACUUUGUGAGUCCUACAAUGAAGAUGACGCCAGUGACCUAGAGUACCCUUUAGACCCUGAAUCUGCUCACAGACCAAAAUCUGACCUCAACUCCCCUGAACGCCUUCAGUCACAUGACUGGGAGUCUGCAGGUGAGCAACACUCCCUGCCCGAACUAAGCGGAAGUGAAGACGAUGUUUCAUACCAAGAAGAGGACGACAUCUACCUUAGUGAAUCAAGAGAGUCCAUUACCGAGUCUCCUCAGAUCAGAACCUCACUGUCCCCACACCCAGAGCGCCCCGACUCUGAACCUCGCGCUGGCCAGAUAUCACGCCCACAUUCCCAGUCCUCUUCCUCCUCUUUAGGCCGUGCUGCUGAUAUGACCCUGGCCUUGACCCUGACCACAGAACAGCCCCAGGGUGCAGGCACUGGGAACAGGAGAGUUGAAUCUUCAGAGGAAGGAGGGAGUAGUGAAGCACCUCCUGCUUCUGUCUUCUUUGGAAUUUCAGACGAGGCUGCUGAGCAGGCAGAGAAGUGGAACUCAGAGUCUGACACAGAUCUGUGCAGACCGGACAGGCACAGGGCAAGGUCCACACGGCUCGGCCACAACGAGAGCCAAUCAGAACGGCACGUUAAGGAGACCAAAUCCAAAUGCAAGCGAAUAGCUCGGCUUCUAACAGAUGCACCCAACCCUCAAAAUAAGGGAGCCUUGCUGUUUAAUAAACGCCGCCAGAGGGUCAAGAAAUAUACACUUGUGAGUUACGGGACUGGUGAAAACAAGCUCGACAGCGAAGACCAAAUAGAAGAGGAAACUGAAGAAGUCAGAUCAGCUGCUUAUAACUUUGUGGCAACAAGCGAGUCCGAGCUAGAAGAGGAGUAUUCAGUGUAUCAUCAGCAGCAUAAUCUAAGUCUGAAUUGGGGAAGUGUUCGAGAAAUGGAGGCACUACCGGAAACAAAAGGAAAGGGCGUCAUGAUGUUCGCCCAACGCCGCAAACGCAUGGACGAAAUUGUGUCAGAGCAAGAUCAGCAGAGGAAUAAAGGAUUACCUAUGGAGACAUUAACAGGACCUGAACGUACAGAAGCACCGAAUAUUUAUGACACUGAGGAAAUGUAUGCUGAUCAGGCCGACUACAUGGAUGCAAAUCUGAAGCAACAUGCAGAAUUCCAAGAAAGUUUUCAAGAGAUGAACCACCUAUCGAAUGUGCCAAGACCGUUGGUGCCAAACAGAACAGCGAAGCCCUUCCUAGGAUUUCAUGUCAGCGCAACUGCUCCUGUCAUGCCUAGUGGCGUCGCUCCAGUGUCAAAGAAGCAUGAACCGAGAUUCAGAGUACCUGUGCCUUUUAACACUAACCCACAGGUUUGGUCCCCCACUGGAGACAUCAUAGCCUCAAGAGAUGAGCGAAUAUCUGUCCCAGCGAUAAAAACCGGCAUCCUACCAGAGUCUAAAAGGAAAGCCACUAGUAAACAACCACCAGCGCAAGGAUCAGAUCUUCACCUUCAAAACAAAGGUGACAGGAGGUCUUAUAUUGAGGCUGAGGAGGACUGUUUUAGUCUAGGAGCUGAAGCUUGUAACUUCAUGCAACCCAGAACAGUAAAACUCAAGAAUCCCCCUCCAGUUGCCCCAAAACCUACCAUCAACCCAUCCUGCCCACCUUGGAUGAGGAGGAGCCCCUCCGCUGAGCCCUUUAUUCCACCAAGAAGUCCGGUGUCACAACCUUUGCACAGUCCAGUGGGGCCUCAUAGUCAGCAUUACUCACCGCAGCAAGACUGGACUCAGCCUCAACAGAUGGCCAACCAUUGGGCACCAGAUCAAACUCAGGCAAUGCUUCAAACACCUGCCAGUGCCUGGGCUCCGGCCUCUCCUCAGCUUCAUCUUCAGCCAACUGCAAAUAGCUGGAGUCAACAACCGUCACGAUCCCCUGUGAGUACGCAGGCCCGCAGUCCUACUUACAGCCCCCAUCGCCAACCUUCACCCUCAAGGAAUAAGUUAGAUAGUACCCCAAAUUCCGUCGCCUCUUGCCCACCGCAAGCAGGGAAGUCGUAUGUCCAAACACCAAAAGCAUCGGUGGCUUCUCCAAAGGGUCGUGGUAUUAAUCGGGCUGGUGAGGGUUCAACCAUGGCGGGCAAAGGUGCAGAGUUGUUUGCCAAAAGACAGUCCCGUAUGGAGAAAUUUGUUGUCGAUGCUGAGACGGUGCAAGCUAACAAAACAAGAACCCCCUCCCCAACCGCGUCGCUCCCUAAUUCUUGGAGGUAUUCUUCCAUUGUUCGUGCGCCACCUCCUUUAUCAUACAAUCCCCUUCAUGCCCCUUUCUACCCUCCAGCCGCAGCCAAGCAACCCCCUUCCACAAGCCCCAAAAUCAAGCCUAAGACCAAACCGAAACCUAAAGCGACUCCAAAGCACCUCAACCCUUUAGAUAUUAUGAGACAUCAGCCUUAUCAGUUGGACUCCUCACUAUUCACGUAUGGUGCAGUGCCCGAGCCUAAAUGCCCCAGCCCCAAACCAACUCCAGCAUCCAAGUUUGAGGCUACCAAAAUCCUCAAACAUAGAUCCGCCCCUUCUCAUUCUCCUUAUAAUGCUUCUGAGCUUGUUGUUCAAAGCGAGGCAGACGUGCCUGCUAAAUCUCCUGUUUCGGGAUUUGGCAGAAGCCGCUCUCUGAGUCUGCCCAAACGGCUGAAUUCGAUGCCUUCUCCAGGACUUCUGUCACCUGUGAGCACACCUGGAAUCCAGUCGUCAUUCUUACCCACACAGAGGCAAACGUCAUUCCAAGAAAAAGUCCUCAAGUCGCUGACACCAUGGGAGGCAGCAUCCAGAAGCCCCAUUGGUUCAGUGGAUGAUGCCUUUGUGUUUCAGAGCCUCCCGUCAUCUGUUGCCUCGAAUGUCAAAGCCGCAGGGCACCGCAGGUCUCUGCCAGAGCCUCCUGAUGAAUGGAAGCGCAGGGUGUCUCUUGAUCCUGCACCUGUCAGCAUGGGUCAUUAUCGUACUGCCCCGGCUUUUCAGGCUCCGCUCAUGAGCCGGACAUUUUCACCUGAGAAACCAACCUUCUAUGGGCCUCCCUUUAGACCUGCGCAGCCUCUGAGGUCUGCCAGCAGGGCCAGCAUUGGAUACAUGGGCCAAGGCCCCAGUCCAACAAAGUACUCUCCCAUGCAUAGUGCAGUCCAGAGAAGUUAGAGCCAACAAGAUGAGGUCAGACAUACACAAGAUUAAGACAAAUAGACUUUUGCAUAAUAUAGGUAUAAAGUAAAUGGAACAUGAAAGACGAAAAAAAGUUAGUUUGGCCUAAAGAGAUGAAAUAUGUUUAUUUUAUUGUGAUGAAAAACAAGGUUGUUGACCAGUCCAGUCACCAGAAGAAAAUGUUGGCAUUUUACGUUUCUGCAACCCACAAAUACGCUACCUUUGCAUAUUUCAGACAUAUAUUAUCAAUGCUUCUAAAGUGACAUAGUGAAUGAGCUGAUUUUGUUAUCUGGACAUGAAGGGGAUGGUGGAUGGCGUUUCACCAAGACACCUUACAAGCUGCAGACCUCUGUGAUCAACAAACAACAAAACUGGUUGUGUUUUAAUGGGUCAUUGCUGUGUCCAUCAGCCUUUUAGGCCCCAAAUGUGUUUGUUUUUUUUUAAGCGACUUAUCAUAG